AUGGAUGCACCUGUGACCUUCGACGCGGAGGACAUCGAAGAAGAUAUGGAAGAUCACAACGACCCUCUGGUCCUCACGUUACCGGUGGCAGGAUGCAAUAUCAGUAAGAUCCUCAUCGACGGAGGAACCUUAGUCAAUUUUCUAUUAUACGAAACGUUCAAACGUAUGGAGCUUAAUGACGAGCAACUGAUGUCUUCGUACUAUACCAUCUAUGGGUUCUACGGGGCACCUACGAAGCCACUAGGGGACAUUGUUUUACAAGUAAACACAGGACCAAUGAAAGUUGAUACUCGAUUCAGUGUAGUAGACGCACCUUCUCCCUAUAACGCCAUCAUUGGCCGAAGAUGGUUACACAAGCUUAAAGGAGUAGCAGCAACCUAUCACCAGUACCUCAGGUUUACGACACCCGAAGGAGUAAUGGAAAUAAAAGGAGAUCAGGUUACCGCACGGGAAUGCCAGGCUCUACAAAAUCAACUCAAUAACGAACAAGAUGAGCAGCGUAAAUCUCGAAGAGCUCGAAACAAAGAGACUGCGAAGGAAAAGGCAAUUGAUAUUUAUCUCGAAGAAAUUUAUGGAAGGAGCCUCACAAAGGAGAACAUCGUUUUAAACACUGAGGCGAGCACUUCAACAGCAAAGGAGACUGAAGAGCCCACCAAAUAG